AUGAAUUUCAAUAAUUUUCAAACUGAAAGAAUAUUCACUUGUAGAGGUGAACUCACAAAACCAGACACUCAUAAUUUCGCUGAGAAUGACUCCCCAGAAAAUUCUUUAGUAGAAGGCUUCGACUAUAUUUGGAGGAAACAUUCUCUUAAAAUUUUUUGUGCUGCAACAAAGUUUAUAGUGAAGUUGAGAAAAGCUGUUGAUUAAUAUCAUCUUCGAUAAAUUACUCAUAGAAUAUAUCAAAUAAUAGGAGACAAUGCAUCUGAUUAUUUAUUUUACUAAUCAAAAGGGCAGGUAAAUUAAAAAUGGACUUUCAACUAAUACAUAAAAAGUCUAUUAAUUUACAAUUUUUUAGUUGAUAUGAACAUCAGAGUGAUAAAACCAGAUAGUAAAGUAAAACUUUUGGUUGAUUGUACAAUACUAAUUUUAAUUGUCAUGAAUAUUUUUUAUAUUCCAAUGCAAUUAUCAUUUUCAUUACAGGAAAAUGCAUAAACUGUUGAUUUUUUAUUUAGUACAAUUCCAAGUUGGGUAUUCUUGAUGGAAAUAGUUGUGAAUUUUAAUACAGCAUAUUAUUACAAAGGAAUGAUUCAUGAAGAUCGUUCUAAAAUAUUCUAGCAUUAUAUAAAAGGUGAUUUUUUCAAAGAUGUAUUGGUAGUGAUACCUUUUUUGAUAUCUCAAUAUAACAUUCCUUAUUUAAAUUUUGUAUUGUUGUUGAGGAUGACAAGAGUGAAUAAAAUAUUUGAAUAAAUAGAAGAAAUUACAUUAAUAAGAGAGAAAUUUGCAGCUCCAAUAGAUGUGAUGAAAUUAAUGCUUUUCUUAAUUUUUGUAGCUCAUAUGAGUGGUUGUGCUUGGCAUUAUAUAGGGAUUCAAGAAUUGUUUUACAAUAAUACUGGAUGGUUAAUAAAAUAUGGUUACGGAGAGAAGGAUUGGAUUACAAGAUAUGUUGCUUCCUUAUACUUUGGAACGAUUACAUCCUUCACUGUUGGUUUUGGAGAUAUCGUACCAUAAACAUUAAUUGAAUAGAUUUAUUUAAUUGUUAUGGUUUUAAUUACAUCAUUGGUAUUUGGUUACACAAUUUCAUCAAUUUAAAAUAUUUUUGGAUAGUUGAGAGAGAAGACUGAUUAGCACAGAAAUAAGAUGGCUAAAAUCAAUUCUUAUAUGAAAAAGAAUAAGAUAAGUCCAAUGCUUUAAAUGAAGAUUAGGAAAUAUUUUGAAUAUUUCUUUACUUUAGAUGAGAGUCCGGAAUUAUUAAUGGAUAAUCUAAAUGAUGAUUUGAAAUUAGAACUAAGAACAAGCAUAUUUAUGCCUUUAAUGAUAAAGUGCAAAUUAUUUUAAAAGUUUGAUGAAAGUCUUUUAAAUUAGAUUUGUAGUGUUGUAUAAACAUAGAAAUUUAUACCUGGAUAAAUAAUUUUUUAGGAAAAUGAUUAAAUGAAUAAAGCAUUCUUCAUUAUUUAGGGAGAAGUAGAUAUAUAAAUUAAUAAAGUCUCAAUUCAAUUAAAAUCAGAAGGAUCUUUGGGAGUUCGAGAGUUUUUUCUUUAAAAAAGAAUUCAUUAUGCGAGUAGAGCAACUUAAUUUACAGAAAUAGCUUAUAUUCGAUAUGAUGUAUUAAUUUUUUUAUUACUUUUUAGGAUUUUUAUCAUAUAAUACGAGAAAAAUAAUCUAAUUAAGAACAAUUUUGUUAAAUGAAAGAUGACUUACUCUAUUCUUCAGUCUAAACAUCAUGUGAAAUUUGUUCUCAUUUUCAUAAUUUUAAUAGAUGUCCAAUAGUAUUUUAUAGUCCAUCAAUAUCAAAAAUAGCAUGUGAUUAUAGCGAUUCUAUAUUUUAACCUCGAUAUAAAAAUAAAAGAAAAUUUGAGAAGAAAAAAAGAAGAACUUUUUAAAACUUUUAGAACAAAAUUACUUCUGCAAUAGAUUUUAUGUGUGAUAAUGAAACUUUAAGUGAAGGAAUGAAUGAAUCUAUUAUAAGAAGAUAUGGAUAUAUUGAUUUAUAAACUAAAUAGCAAACCUUAGAGGAUGACAAAUUGAAAUCACUUAAAGUUAUCUAAAAAUUAUAAUUAAAUAGUUUGAAUAAUAAUAAUGGAGAAACUCCAAGAAUGAAAAGAUUUGUUUAUAAGAGUUUAUUUAAAAAAGAUGA